AUGGUGAAAUUACAAAAGAAUAGCAAAAGGCAAACGUUGAAACAAAAAUAUGCUAUUAUUAAAAAAGUCUCUGCUCAUAAAAAGAAACUAAAAAAGAUAAUAAAGAAAACGAAUAUCCAUAAUAGGAGGAGCACAAAGAAAUCUUUGAAGAUUCCAGAAUGUAUAUUUAAGAAAAACAUUUUAGAGAAUAUAAAAAAUUUAUCUUUAAAUAAAAAAAAGAAAAAAAAUGAUGUUACAAAUUGUAAAGAAAUACAAAUUAAUCAUCAUGAUGAUACAACAUUAAAAAAUAUUAAGUAUUUUAUAAAAAAUGAUAUUUCAACAACUGAAGGAGAAGAAAAUAGUACAGAUAAUGAAAAUAUAAUAAAUACGAAUAAGAAUAAUAAAAAAAAAGAUAAAGAAGAAAAUAUAUCAGAUGAUUAUAUAAAUAAUAUACAAUUUAGUGAUUAUGCUAAUUUAGAUUUUCUUGAUAAAAUGAAAAUAUAUGAUAAAAUAAAAGAAUGUAAUUAUAAAAAUUUAAAUGAGAAAUAUAUUUAUGUUGAUAAUUUAUUAGAUGUAAUAAAAAAUAGUGAUGUUGUUUUUUAUGUUAUAGAUAUAAGAAACCCAUUAAUAUAUCUUGAUAAAGAUAUUAUAAAUUUUAUUAAUUCUUGUAAGAAACAAAUAAUAAUUAUAUUAAAUAAAUGUGAUCUUAUUGACAAUGGAAUUAUAGAACAAUGGGUACUUUUUUUUCGUACCUAUUUUAUAACAUUACCAUUUAUAAGUUUUAUAAAUAAAAGUACAUCACCCUGUUAUUUAGUUAAAAAUAAAUCAAAUGAAAGAAAUUAUAAAAAUAAUAAUUAUUAUUAUAAUAAUAUUACAAUAAAUAAUAAUAUGAAUAAUAUAAAAACGUGUCCUAUUAAAAAUAUAAUGCAAAAAUUAUCGAAAAAUAAUCAAAUUACAUAUGGUGUUAUAGGACAUAUUUAUACAGGUCGAAAUUCUUUUAUUAAUACUAUACUUAAAGAAUUUAAUUAUAUUAAUAAUAUAAAAAAAGAACAAAUAGAUAUUAAUUUAUCUCAUAAUAUUAAUCUAUAUAUAAAACCUGGACUUAUCUUAAAAAAAGAAUUAAAUAAUUUACAGUUAAUUAAAAAAUUACAUGUUUUAAAACAUGAAGAAAUUAUCACACUUCUAGAAGAAUUCUUAUUAACACUCACUGGAAAAAAUCUAAUACGCUUAAUGAAUCUAAUAAAAGAAAAUGAACUAGCUAAUAAAUUUAAAGAAAUGUGUUCAAAGGAUACCAUCAAACAAUUAGAUAAGACUAAUAAUAAAUUACAAAUAAAAAAAAUGAUUAUUCAGUCUUAUUUAUAUCAAAAAAAUCAAGAUGGACAAAUAAGUAAUCAAAUCAAUUUUAAAAAUAUGAAAACUUUAUUUCAUAAUUUAUUUAUGAAUAAAAUAUUUUAUUAUGUAAUACCUAAAAGUAAAAUUAGUUGUGAUAAUCAAAAUGGAGAUACUCUUAAAUAUUUCUCAACACCCUUUGAUAAAGAUCUAUAUUAUGAAGUUGAUCAAUAUGUAUAUUUAAAAAAAAAACCAUAUACUGAUUAUAUUAUAAUUAAAAGUGAUAAAUUUAAUUUUUAUAAUUAA